AUGUCUUCAACAUCAAAUGAGUUUGGCGACAAAAACUUGGGGACUCAGGUGGGGGUCAAUCACGGACAGAUUUACUUUUCGUCCGCCCCACGGGAAACCCCACAGCAGAACAUAGACAACGGUUCGCAUCACCUCGUGCCAGUCAAAGAGACUAUGACUAAUUAUGUAGAGGUGCUUAGGUCACUGGCAUUCCCGCAGAUGCUAGAUCGGAGAGACAAUAUCGAGCCAUGCCAUCCCGAUACCUGCCAAUGGAUCUUGGAGUUAGAAAAGUACAAGUCCUGGAGAAGCCAGUCCCGCGGUCUUCUCUGGAUCAAGGGCAAGCCAGGUGCGGGAAAAUCGACCUUGAUGUUAUUUCUGCACGAUAAACUCAAGAAUGACAUGGAUCAUGGUAUUCGGCUCGAGUUUUUCUUUACCGCUCGGGGCACAGAGAUGCAACGCAUACCGCUCGGGAUGCUCAGAUCGUUACUGUGCCAAAUUUUUGAUCGCGAUGCGACGGCACGCCCUCAGGUGCGCGAGGCCUAUGAACAACGAUGCAGGCAGUUUGGGUAUGGUGAACGUGAAUGGGAAUGGCCACAGGUGGUGCUAGAAGAGCUACUAGCAGGUACCAUCUUGGCAUCCGCUAGUCGGCAGCAUAUAAUGAUUUUUGUUGAUGCUCUGGAUGAGGCUGGGGCUGAGUCCGCUCAAUACCUGGCAGCAUAUUUUCAUCGACUUAUCAAUCGUGCGGAAAAAAUGAACGUGGCCGUUCAAAUUUGCAUUUCAUGUCGACACUACCCUAUUAUGGAAAGUGACCCUGCGAGGGAGAUUUAUAUCGAACACCAUAACCAUGAUGAUAUCGCCAGAUAUAUCAAGGACAUCAUUGUUGAUACGGACGUCGGAGACGCUCCGAGCCAGGAGACGAGGGAAGCACUGACAGAGCAAUUGAUCCGGCAAUGCAAUAGGGUGUUCCAAUGGGCCCAUCUUAUAAUGCCUCUUAUCAGGCAGAAGAUUCUCGAAGGGGAAUCGUUUGAUGAAAUCCGUUGCUGGUUAUAUGAGGUUCCAGCCGGCCUAGAAGAGGUGUAUACGUAUAUUCUGAACAAUGUGAUCGAAAGGAGGAAUCGAGCGCAGUCGUUGUUGUUAUUUCAGUGGGUGUCCCUUGCCGAACGCCCCCUGACUGUGACAGAGACGCGGUAUGCCUUAGUAGCUCAGAAUGUUGACUUAGCAUUCCCCCCAAAAGCAUGGGAGAGGAUCGACGGGUUUGUUGAAAGCAACGGACGUAUGAAGCGAAAGAUCCAGGCCCUUUCUGGUGGACUUGUUGAAGUAAUCUCAACCGAGAAUCAUCAGGAGACUGUGCAGGUAGUACACCAGUCGGUCGCUGAUUUUUUGCGGGCAAAAGGGCUAGGGCUUUUGUGUCACAAUAUCGGCACCAGCAUGUUGCCUAUAGAUGGCGAAAAGAUUAUAUUUCAAUGCCAGGCAACUCUCUAUCGAACAUGUCUGGUCUAUCUAGCCACAGUGCACAUACCUCGGAAAAUGUUAGGUGAACAGGCCUUCAUUCAGGACCACCCGUUGAUUGCUUACGCUUCACACUACGUCUUCAUUCAUGCGGAAAAGGCUGCCGGUUCUCGAGCAGACGUGCUACAAAACGAACAAGAUAUACUAAAGCAAGUGAUUGGUCCAUGGACCCAGAUUUGCUAUAUCCAAGAUGACUAUGGCGGCAGACGCCCACCGGAACGUACGACAAUCUUACAUGUGGCUGCAGGUGCCAACCUAGUUGAUGUUAUAGAAUCUGUGGUGUCUAACGGCGAAGAGAUCACGAAGAAAGACAUAAUUGGAAAUACAGCUUUCCAUCUAGCAGCGCGCGGGGGUCAUAUUACAGCAAGCAAAAUACUCCUAGACAAGGGGGCAGACUACGAGGCAAAGAAUAAAUAUGGGAUAACACCAUUAACUGAGGCGGCUAGGUGUGGGCAUGUGAGAUUUGUCGAAUGGCUCCUAUGUGAGGGAGCAAAUGUUGAAACAAGUGCGAGAAGUGGAGGUGCAUUGCAAGCAGCUUCGUUGGCAGGUCAUCAACGUGUGGUGGUAAUAUUGCUCGGAGCCGGAGCCGAUGUUAAUGCCCCAGGUGGUAAAUAUAGCAAUGCCCUACAGGCCGCUGCAUUCACAGGAAACACAGAAAUAGUGCAACUGCUUCUGGAAGCUCAGGCCGAUGUUAACGCCCAGGGUGGUUUCUAUGGCAAUGCCCUACAGGCCGCUGCAUACAACAACGGAAACACCGAUACAGUGGAACUGCUUCUGGAAACUCAGGCCGAUGUUAACGCCCAGGGUGGUUACUUUGGCAAUGCCCUACAGGCCGCUGCAUUCAACCCAAACACCGAGAUACUGCAACUGCUUCUGGAAGCUCAGGCCGAUGUCAACGCCCAGGGUGGUGAAUAUGGCAAUGCCCUACAGGCCGCUGCAUACAACAACGGAAACACCGAGACAGUGGAACUGCUUUUAGAAGCUCAGGCCGAUGUCAACGCCCAGGGUGGUGAAUAUGGCAAUGCCCUACAGGCCGCUUGUGCUACAUACAACAACGGAAACACCGAGACAGUGGAACUGCUUCUGGAAGCUCAGGCCGAUGUCAACGCCCAGGGUGGUUACUUUGGCAAUGCCCUACAGGCCGCUGCAUUCACAGGAAACACAGAAAUAGUGCAACUGCUUUUAGAAGCUCAGGCCGAUGUCAACGCCCAGGGUGGUGAAUAUGGCAAUGCCCUACAGGCCGCUUGUGCUACAUACAACAACGGAAACACCGAGACAGUGGAACUGCUUCUGGAAGCUCAGGCCGAUGCCAACACCCAGGGUGGUUACUUUGGCAAUGCCCUACAGGCCGCUUGUGCUACAUACAACGACGGAAACACCGGGACAGUGCAACUGAUUCUGGAAGCUCAGGCCGAUGUUAACGCCCAGGGUGGUGAAUAUGGCAAUGCCCUACAGGCCGCUUGUGCUAUAUACAACAACGGAAACACCGAGACAGUGGAACUGCUUCUGGAAGCUCAGGCCGAUGUUAACGCCCAGGGUGGUUACUUUGGCAAUGCCCUACAGGCCGCUUGUGCUACAUACAACGACGGACACACCGGGACAGUGCAACUGCUUCUGGAAGCUCAGGCCGAUGUCAACGCCCAGGGUGGUUUCUAUGGCAAUGCCCUACAGGCCGCUGCAUUCAACCAAAACACCGAGAUACUGCAACUGCUUCUGGAAGCUCAGGCCGAUGUCAACGCCCAGGGUGGUGAAUAUGGGAAUGCCCUACAGGCCGCUUGUGCUACAUUCAAAGAACACACCGAGAUAGUGCAAAUGCUAUUAAAAUCUCGCGCACAUAUCAAUACCCAAGGUGGUAGACAUGGAUUGCCUCUCUUAGCAGCUGUUGAAAAGGAAGAUUCUGAUCUAAUUCAGAUACUUCUUCAAGCUGGUGCAGAUGUGUUGCUUGUAAAUGAGCUCGACCAGACUCCUCUUCAUAUUGCGGCCUUCGCAAAUAACCUGGACCUUCUGAAUCGAUUCCCGCUACUUGCCUCGGGUAUCAACAGCCGGGAUAAGUUCUUGCAAACCCCGCUUCAUCUGGCUAUUUGUUUCGGUCACAUCGAAUUUGCCGAAAAGCUGCUGCAUCUCGGUGCCAAUCCUGCUCUUCCAGAUGGUUAUGGCAGAAAUGUUCUGGACUGGGUAGUUGGAAAUGAAAGGCUGAUGCACCAAAUCCAAAACCGCUGCCCUCCGAUUGUCGUGACCCCUAAGGAAACUCAAGAAUUGACUACACGCUUCUUCGUUCUAAGUUGA